CACAACUUUAGUUAAAGUUAUCAUGGAUGACUGUUACACUGAACCAUCGGUUCCUAUAUUGUUUACAUUUAUUCAAAACAUAAAACAUUCAGAUUUAAAUAGUUUAAAAGUCAUUUUGGAUAAUUUUUUGAAUAAUUUUGAAAGUAUAAAAGAAGAAAACUUUUAUCAUUUUUGGGAAAACGAAGGACAAAGCCUUACUUGGAAUGAGUGGAAAAUAACUGAAAAAUCUUAUUUGGGCACGUCAAUAGAUAAUACAACCACCAGUACUAUUUCCAUUGAUAACAGUCAGCACCAAGAUGUAUCUUCCGAAAUAGAGGCAAUUUCAAAUAUUCCUUCCGAAGUUGUAGAAGAUGAACGUACACUUGAUCAGAAAUGGAACGAUCAUGUUAAUAAAGUUUACAACGAUAUAUACAACUUAUUUGUAGUCGCUUUUUAUAAUUACUACUUAAAUAUUAAAGAAUCAAUUGAAAUGGAGCAUUCAUUAGAAAGGAUCAAAAACAAAAAUGAAACCGAGGAAGAAUAUAAUUCCAUAAUGAAUGCACAUGACCAGGAAAAGUUAGAGCAAUUAGGAUUGCCCACUGAGUUUCAGACUAACAGAACGAAAGCAAAAUACAAACCAAAAAAUACGAUGAUAGAUAUUUCAGACUUCAGUGAAGAUGUAAUAAACAUGUAUUUAAAUUUUUCAAGCGAUGAUGGCUCUGACAUUCUACAAAAGGUGCAUGGAACUGAAAAAAUGAACAAAUCCAGAAACAAAAAAUUUAAUAGAAAACUACGUAAGUUGCCGAAAUUUAUAAGAGAAGAUAAAGACAUGCUGAAGUAUUGGCGAAACCGAUUUUCACUGUUUUCACGUUUUGAUGAAGGCAUACAGUUAGAUCGAGAAAGCUGGUUUUCAGUUACUCCGGAAAAAGUUGCAAUUCAUACUGCUAGAAGAUUAGCAUGUGACGUGAUGAUAGAUGCUUUUUGCGGCUGUGGAGGUAAUACAAUUCAGUUUGCCCGAACAUGUGGUAAAGUAUAUGCUUUCGAUAUUGAUCCAGUAAAAUUGAAAAUGGCAAAACACAAUGCAACUAUAUAUGGUGUCGCCGAUAAAAUAGAAUUUAUUUUAGCAGAUUUUUUACAAGUUUGCGACAACUUUAAAUUUAAAUGUGAUGCCGUUUUUUUAAGUCCUCCUUGGGGGGGACCACAGUACAAAAAUAAAAAAAUGUAUGACAUUGAAAAGUUUUUACUGCCAGUAAGUGCUACUAAAUUACUAAGUGAAUGUCGUAAGAUGACCGAAAAUAUUGCUAUAUUUCUGCCUCGAAAUUCUAAUAUGCAACAAAUUGUAAAACUUGCUGGGAUAGGCAAUCAAUGUGAAAUUGUACAUAAUUAUUUAAAUAGUAGAUUAGUAGCAAUAACUGCUAUCUACGGAGAGCGUAUUAUAUGCAAGAAAAAAAAACAUUAUCAUAAAAAGUAUUAAAUAAGAAGAAUAUGUUUUAAGUAUUUUAAUAAUGAAACGUAAAUAAUGUAAUUUCGAGUUAAUUAGACAUAUAAAUUAAUUAGCAUUUAAAAAUUCAAUGGUACGUCAGAAAUAAAUGUAUUCAA